ACAGUAUUAUACUGUGGUAUGACGGUAGAUAAAGUUGGUGAACCUUCUUUAUUGAAUAUACUCUUUGACGUCUCGAGUGACGAGCUAGCUAUACACAACAAGAUGGCCAAAAUCAGCUGUUUUUGAAGUGGGCGUGUGGAGAACGAGUUAUCAAAAUCUUUCGAGUCUAAAAACCCUUGGAAGAAGGCAAGAUGACAUAAACGUCAUGUUGAGGUGGUCGAGUUUGGAUCAGAAAUAAAGAUACGGGAGAAGUUUCACUUAUCUCAUUGAGGGUGUAUAAUAAAAACUACACAAGAUGAAUAUAAUGCGGAAAUUUCGAGCAGGAUGUGGCUCUAUGCCAAGUAUGUCUCAAGAUGAGACAAAUUCUAAUCCCCAACAUACAGCACUGGGUCUGAUGCAUCUUAAAAAAUUGUUUUCUGAAUACACACAUCCUUCUCAUCCUCUCAGUGAGAAAGAGAGAGAUGAUAAACUAUACAACAUGCUCCCUCUGUUUUGCAAGGUGUUUGGAAAUAGCCCAUCUGCUGAUAUGAUGGAAAAAUUUAGAGACAUAUUAGCAUUUUGUCAGCAAGUAUCUCGACUAAUGGUGUCAGAAAUGAGACGUAGAGCUUCUAACCAAUCCACAGAAGCAGCAAGUUGUGCUAUUGUCAAGUUCCUUGAAAUUGAAAAUUCUGAAGAAUCAAGUAAUGGGUGGAUGUUGCUGUCAACUAUAAAUUUGCUUGCUGCUGGAGACUCUUCUCUUAUUCAGAGCUGUUUUAUGUAUUGUAAGGGUUGUGUGGCAUUGUGUAUUGAUAACAUGCAACGAGUUCAAGAGUUAUCGCCUCUGGAAAUAGUCGAAAUGUUUGUGACUGUGUUUUGUUUCUUGAAAGAUUCAAGUGAUGUGUCGCAAACUCUCUUGGAUGAUUUUCGAAGUUGUCAAGGUUAUGUGUUUCUCUCAGAAUUCUUGUUGAAAUUAGAACAUGAUUCAAGUGCAGAAUCUCAAGAGGCAAUUAGAAACCUUGUGCUUAUGGUAGCAUCUCUUUCCAUGUGUGGUCACAUAGAAUUGCGCCCUAGUCAAGCCAGCAUGGGCUCUUUAUUUCAAAUGUUGGGUUUCAUUUUACCACAGCCAUCAGGUCGUGGAGCCAGUGUACGAAACAUACAAGCUUUUCAAGUCCUUCAAUCAGUAUUCUUAAAAUCAAGUUCUGCUGCUUUAUGUUGCACCAUCCUUGAUGCUAUAUCCAGCGUGUAUCAUUCCGAUAAUGCAAAUUACUUUAUUUUAGAAGCUCAACACACAUUGUCUCAGUUUGCUGAAAAAAUUCAUUUGAAACCCCAGGAAAUACAGACUCAUAUCAAGAUUCUUGAUUCCCCUAGUGGAAAAAGAUCUGCAGUGAAUUCACUUAAUUUGACUCCUCCUGUACCUGACCCUGUUGUUGUACAUCCAGGCGUUGUGUUAGCAAUGCUACAUCUCUUACCAUCAAUUCAACAUCUCGAAGAGACUCAAGUUGCAUUAACAUUACAAAUGUAUGCUUCAGAAGUAUUAAAGUCAUUGGUGCGCUCUGAGAGAAAUCAACAGGUUAUGUGUGAGGCUGGUUUACCUGGUCAAUUGCUUGAAUGUGGAAGAAUAGCAUUGGAGGAAGAAACUCAUCCUUUACACCCUCCUUUACAAUACAUGUUGGAGCGGCUUGCCGCUCAAACUUUAGAACCCAGAGAUCUCAGAGAAUUUCUCCGACUGGGGGAUCCUUUGUGUUCAUUGGCAACAGAUACUUUUGAGAAAGUAUAUCCAUUACGGCCACCACAUCGUAAACCUGGUGGUCCUGUUCCGUUAACACGUGUUAAGACAUUAGUCUCAAUGACAACUCCCAGGGAUUUCCGUUCCCUUGGAAGUUCAAUGUUGCCACCAUUUGUGGAGUUUGAUAUGGCUGCUGAAGGAUUCAGCUGUUUAUAUUUGCCCAGUGUUGCUCCCCAGAGUCCUACAGGACCUAGUGUGGUAGCUGUGAGUACCCUAAGUGGAGGAACUGAUUCAAGUGUUGUUGGUGGAAUUGGUUCAGGCGAUCGAAUGUUUCCACCUCAGACAGGCCUCAGUUAUUCGACAUGGAUAUGUGUAGACAAAUUUUCAGAUCCUCGCACUGAUCCUCAUUGUGUUAGAUUGCUAACAUUAGUUCGAAAUCUGCAUGGUGGACGUGAUGAUCAUUUAAUUUGUUUGGCUGUGGUUUUGUCAGCUCGAGAUAAAGCUAUUAUUGUUACGACUCAAGAAACUGUCAUGCCUCACAAUGUGGGUGAUUGGGAACCAGAUGUUCUUGGAGACUCAGGAGCUAGAAUUUGGUGUCCUGAUCUACUGCAAGAGGGUCAGUGGCAUCAUCUGGUAUUAGUAUUGAAUCGUGCUGUUCUAAAAAAUUCAUCUUUCUCGAUAUACCUGGAUGGUCAGCAUGUUCAUACUCAAAAGCUUCAUUAUAUCUCUCAAAAUCCUGGUGGUGGUGCAGCAAACCUUACUGUUGCAUCAUCAGUUUAUGGAUACAUAGGCACACCUCCAGUGUGGCGUAGAUAUUCAAGAUUGGUUUGGAAGCAGGGUCCAUGUCACUUGGUAGAAGAAGUUCUUACACCUCAAACUGUGGCUAUUUUAUAUCAACUAGGCCCUCAAUACAUGGGCAGUUUGCAGGCUCCUGAAUUGAAUGGCACUGAACCAUUAGCCAGUUUAGUACCCGAGGAGAAAGUUAUAUUUGGACUGAAUGCUAAAGCUGUGUCUCAGCUUACUUUGGCAAAAAUUAGAAAAGUUUAUAGUAGAGCUGACAAUAAAGCCAUUGCCAAACAGUUGGGGAUGUCAUCUCAUGAGAAUGCUACUCCAAUUCGUAUACUCCAUAAUUCAGCUGGACAUCUUAGUGGACCUGCUCGCUCUCUUGGAGGUGUAGUAAUAGGGUAUUUGGGUGUACGAGUUUUUUCUCCCCGACCAGUGGCUAAAAUGGUUGAAAAUGUUGGAGGAUGUUCUGUGCUUUUGGGUUUGAUAGCAAUGGCUCAAGAUGUGGAAAGUCUAUAUGCUGCUGUAAAGGCUUUUGUCUGUGUAGUUCGUAGUAAUCGAAUGGCUCAAUUGGAAAUGGAUAGGAGACGUGGUUAUCAAACAUUGGCCAUGUUGUUACGGAAAAAGCGACCUUUACUCAAUAGUCACAUAUUGCAUUUGACUUUUAGCCUUGUUGGCACAGUAGAUAGUGGUCGUGAAAGUUCUUCUAUUCCUAAUAUAGCAGCCUUUCAAGAUUUAUUAUGUGACCUAGAGGUGUGGCAUGAAGCUCCUGGUGAACUACAGCGUUCUCUGUUUGAACAUUUGUAUGAAUUGGUUGCGGAAUCCAGUGAAAAACGUGUUAAUUUGCGCAUUGUACGUGACCUUCAGUUAGUUCAACGUUUAUUAUUCAUUUUACCUGAUGUUACUAAUGGUCAGACCCGUCAAGUACUUGUUUCACUUUUGGGUGUACUGCUAGGAGGCCAACCGAGACACGCAGAUCUGUUGAGAUUUGGGCAAUUUGUAGCAGCUAUGUUGCCAUCAAUACCUGGCUCCAGUGAGAAACAUGUAUUACUUCAGGAAAUGCCUCCAACUGCUGUGAGUGCGAUAGAACACACUGUAGAACAUGAAGGCUCAUACUCUGCGGAAGAAAAAGGUGGAAGUGAACGUGAAAAGGAAAAUGAUGUUGUCAGCAACAUAGUUUUGCGUAAUCGUUGCCUACAGCUGUUGCAUUCACUACUUUUUACACCACGUAAUUCUGUUAGCCUUAUCUUUUGCGAAGAAGUUGUUCAAGUUCUUGGUUUAGACUGGGUGCUGCUUUAUCUGCAAGGCCAUUUACAUCCGUCUACUGUUGUAUGGGGUUUACGCAUACUUGUGGUGUUGUGCUCAUGCCCCUCUCUGAUUCAAAAAUUUCGGGAAGGUUCCUCCAAUGGUGGCUGGUUGCAAGACACUGAACUUGUUCUUCAAAAUAAAAUGGGUGUUGUGUUAAGCUAUCAACUUGGAGCUGCUGCUCCUAAAAUUCCUGUUCCUCGUGAGGUGAAAUCAGAGGCUCUCCAUGUGCCAGGGUUUCAACGCCUGGCAUGGUUGUUACCCCAGCAUAUUGAUGUACCUGAAGUUUAUUUUUUACUUAUGGCAUUGAUGAUGGGUCAACCAGUGAAAUUAUUACCUGCUGAUUCCAAGCUUGACUUGGAUAAUGUGUGGAAUUUUAUGUUUGGAGUGCCUGCAAGUCAGUCAGUUACUUCUGUGCUAGGGAAAGUAACUUUAUGCCCUGAAGCAGUAAUGGUCCUUCUUGGAAUGGUCCGAACAAUGUUGAAUCAAGAAGGAAAAAGCCCUGACAGUCUCCCUGAGUGGCUGAGGGAUUAUCCAGUCACUAUCAUACAAUUCUUGUUCUUCCUCUAUCAUAAUGUUGCUGAUUUUAUGCCUGCAUUUAUGGGAGGAGAUGUACUUGGUGCUUUAGCAGGAACAUUGUUUCCUAGACAGUCAGGUAGUGAGGCUGGAAGUGGCGCAUCUACACCAAGUGAUGAAGUGAAGACAUAUCCUGGAUCAGAAACAGCAAUUCUUGUGCGAUCUCCCUCAAAAGAUGCUGGCCUUAGUAAUCAUCCUGCAAGGAAAUUUGUAAUGGAUUUUCUGCGUGUGAUAGUAGUGGAUUCUCUUUCACUUCCUGUGUCUGGAAAAGGACCUCCGGUAAUAGAUCUGGUUUUAGAUGCAUCUCCAGACAAUGCUAGUGGAGCUCAGACAACACGUUAUCAGACUGAAGUCCUUGGUACAUUAAUGGAGCAUCUACUUGCUGCUGACGUUCUCAUUGGUGAACAAGCUGCUUUGCCUGUUGUACCUGGAGGAGGAUCACAGUACAUUGCACCAAAUGUGUGUUAUUUGGCAGCUCGAAUUGUGGAUAAGCUGUGGCAAGGGACUUUCGUGAAGGAUCCUCAUGAAGUUUUUGAUUUUGUGGUGAAGUUAAUCUCACAAGCAAAAAGACGACCAUCUUCGUUCUCUCUGGAAGGGUUGUAUCAUUGUCUCAACAGGACCACAUUAUUCCUUUUAUCUAGGCCUACUGAAAAUAUUGCUGAUCAAAUGGCUGUUUUAGAGGCACUCCAUAAACUGACAACCCAUAGGGGAUUAGUGUUUGGUUCCGGCAACCAUGAACUGGAUUUUAUUGGCUGUCUUACAUACUGCCUUCUUCAGCUUACCUCAGAUAUGAAGAUCAUGUUGGAUACUAAUAUAAAAACUACUUGGCAUGUCAAUCCUCAGUUGGAUGAUUGUGAUGAAAUGUUAACAUCUCACCAAGGACAUAAUCUUAUGGCUGUAGCUGCAAAACGUGUGUGGGAAGAACUCUAUGUCUGUAAGAAACCAGCUAUUGAGGAGGUUUUUAAAAUCACUCUCAAUUCACCUAACAACAAAGCUCCAGAGUUGGCUGCAGUAAAGGAGCAAGUAUAUGAGUCAGCCAACAGACUUUGGCUUAAUUAUGUUGAUAUGGAACGUAAAUCUUCUUAUCGUGUGCCUUGGGAAUUGCACAACCAAAUACAGUCUAAAAUUCAAAAAGUUACUGGUGGACUUACACGUUUGGCUAGUCGAACAAAAGUGAAGAAGGAAGAAACUAUUCGUGUUCGAUAUUCCCAGCUCCCUAUGAGUGACAUUGGUGCUUGGACAUUGAGUCAUGUAGCACUUGUCAGAGAAUUAGUUGAAGUUCAAGAGAAACAAUAUCAACAAACCCAACAGCAUAUGCAACGUUACGUAUUUGAAGAAUGGCUUCAAACAGAGACAGAAUUGACCCGUGAGAGAGGUUUGUGGGGUCCAGUUAUUGGCAACAGUUUGGAGAAAUGGAUGCUAGAUAUGACUGAAGGACCAUGUCGAAUGAGGAAGAAAAUGAUGAAGAAUGAAUUGUUUUAUAUCCAUUAUCCUUAUCGGCCAGAAUUAGAGAUGGGAGACAAUAGAGCAUUGAAAUACAAAGUAGCCACAAGCUAUGACAGCAAAGAGUUCUAUCAGAAAUAUCGCCCACAAAAUUUAUUUGAGAGAGAACGUGACUUUAUAAUUGAAGCUCAAUUACCAAGUGAAGAUUUAUCGGCUGACUUGAGUAUACCUGAUACAGCAGAUGAAGGACGAGAAAUUGGUCCAUCUAGUUUCCAAGGUGUGCAUUUAGAAAGGCAUGGUGUGCAUCGCUCCAUCUCAGAACCUGAAGAUACUGCUGAUGAUGAUGCAACUGAUAUAGCUGGCUCUGAAGAACAAGCAUCUGCUCCUGACAACCAAACUAUUCUCCGUCUUUUGGAGGAACAAGAGAAGAUAAGCCAUAUGUUCCGUUGUGCUCGAAUACAAGGUCUUGAUACUACAGAAGGACUCCUUUUGUUUGGAAAAGAGCAUUUCUAUGUUAUUGAUGGAUUUACUCUGCUGAAGUCCAGGGAAAUCCGUGAUAUUGAAUCUCUUCCUGAAAAUGCUCAUGAGCCUAUUCUUCCAAGUCCUGGUAGUCCUCGCCGUUCUCGUGCUAUGCGUCAGUGUUCAAAAUUUGCCUAUGAAGAUAUUAGGGAAGUCCAUAAGAGACGCUACUUGUUGCAACCCAUGGCUCUUGAAGUGUUUUCUGGGGAUGGCCGUAAUUAUCUUCUUGCAUUUCAAAGAAAGGUUCGAAAUAAGGUGUAUCAAAAGUUCAUGACUUUCGCUACUGCAAUUGCUGAUAAUGCUCAACAAUCUGUUGCUGGUCAAAAGCGAACAGCUCAUGUGGAACAAGGAGCAGGACUUUUGUCUAAUUUAAUUGGUGAAACAUCAGUCACUCAGAGAUGGGUGCGUGGAGAAAUAUCAAAUUUUCAGUAUUUAAUGCAUCUUAACACUCUUGCUGGUCGUUCUUACAAUGACUUAAUGCAGUAUCCUGUAUUUCCGUGGAUAUUGGCUGAUUAUGAUUCAGAAGAACUAGAUCUUGUGGAUCCAGCUACAUUCAGAGAUUUUUCACGACCCAUGGGUGCUCAAAGUCCAGAACGCUUGGAACAAUUCAAGAAAAGGUACAAAGAAUGGGAUGAUCCUCAUGGAGAAACUCCUCCUUAUCAUUAUGGAACACAUUACUCUUCAGCAAUGAUUGUGUGCUCAUAUUUAGUUAGAAUGGAGCCUUUUACCCAACAUUUUCUCAGACUACAGGGAGGCCACUUUGAUCUUGCUGAUAGAAUGUUUCAUUCUGUGAGAGAAGCUUGGCUUUCUGCUUCGAAACAUAAUAUGGCAGAUGUAAAAGAACUUAUACCUGAGUUUUUCUACCUUCCCGAGUUCUUGAUGAAUUCUAAUAAUUUUGAUUUAGGCUGCAAACAGAAUGGUGUGCAGCUUGGAGAUGUUGUACUCCCACCUUGGGCUAAAGAAGAUCCUCGUGAAUUUAUUCGCAUGCACCGCUUGGCUCUAGAGUGCGAUUUUGUGUCUCAGCAUUUGCACGAAUGGAUUGAUCUCAUAUUUGGAUGUAAGCAACAAGGAGCUGCUGCAGUUGAUGCAAUCAACGUAUUUCAUCAUCUCUUUUAUGAAGGAAAUGUGGACAUCUACAACAUUGAUGAUCCUUUGAAGAAAAAUGCAACUAUUGGUUUCAUCAAUAACUUUGGUCAAAUUCCUAAACAACUUUUCAAAAAAUCUCAUCCAGCAAAGAAGAUCAGUCAUCGUACAUCAGUAAUUGAUCCUGGGCCUAUUACUCCAGGCCUAAGUUUUUCAACUGGAGAUCGCCUCUUUUUCCAUAAUUUGGACAACUUACGACCUUCUCUUCAACCAAUCAAAGAGCUGAAAUCUCCUGUUGGCCAAAUUUUACAUACCGAGAAAGGAAUUCUUGCAGUAGAACAAAAUAAAGUUCUAGUUCCUCCCAAUUAUAAUAAGUAUGUUGCUUGGGGUUUUGCUGAUCAUAGUUUGAGAAUUGGCAACUACGAUAGCGACAAGGCUGUUUUUGUAUGUGAAGCAAUGAUGCAAAGCAAUGGAGAAGUUGUGGCAUGUGUUUGCCCUUCUGCAAAACUGAUUAUUACUGCAGGAACAAGUACAGUGGUAACAAUAUGGGAGUAUAAUAGAAAACACCUCAGCAUCAAACAAUGUCUAUAUGGCCAUACAGAUGCUGUUACAUGUUUGUCAGCUAGUCCUGCUUACAAUGUCAUUGUAUCUGGAUCUCGUGAUGCAACAGCAAUUAUUUGGGAUUUAUCACGUCGAAUUUUUGUGAGGCAGUUACGAGGACAUGCUGCUCCAGUAGCUGCAGUGGCUAUCAAUGAACUAACGGGAGACAUUGCUACCUGUGCUGGAACAUGGCUGCAUAUUUGGAGCAUAAAUGGGAAUGAAUUAGCUAGCGUGAACACUUGUGUUGGUCGAGCAGACAGAAUGCAACAAAUAUUGUGUGUUGCCUUCUCACAGACUCAUGAAUGGGAUUCUCAAAAUGUGGUCAUGACUGGAUCAACAGAUGGAGUAGCUCGAAUGUGGUCAGUAGAUUACGUUCAAGUACCUAAAGAAGAUAAACCAAUACUGAAAGAGAAAACUGAAAGUGAUGCGGAGUCUGAUAUUGGUAGUGCAAAUACUAUCAUGGAAACAGAAAAACAAAGUAAAGAGACAGCUUCAACAAAUGAGCCUUGUCCUAAACAAAGAGUUCAAGACAUGGUGAAACAAAUGAGUAUAUCUGCUGAAUUUUCAACAACUCCUUCAGGUUUACUGAAUAAAAGUGGCUCAGAAAGUAGUCUUUCAGAAGAUGAUGCUAAAGAAGAAGCAGAAGGAAGUAAGAAAGAAAUUGAAGCAGCUGCCGAAGAAAAGGAAACAUGCAGUGAUGAAGAUAGAGAAGAAAAAAUCAGUUGCUCAGGUAGCAUUAGUGAACAAGACAAACAUGAGAAAAGCACAAAACGUUCUUUGCAUCAUCAUUCAGGGAAAGGUGAUUUGCAUCGACAAGAAGCUGUGACAAGUUCAAGUACCGAAACACAAGAUUCACCUGCUCACUCACCUGUUGUGUUACGUCGCAAGUCUUCCACUCGCGUCAACCCAGCAUUUCGCAAAAGUGAGGGUAGUUGUUUUCCAAUUACUGUUGAGGGUGUUCAUUCCAGAAGUCGGGCUGAAAGUGAAGGUGGUCCACCUCCUGGACUGAGUCUUGAAGGAGAAUCUCUGGGAGGCAGUGGUAUAGCAGCUGUUAUGGAGGAUACUGCUGCUCGAAUCAGAACUAGCAAAAGUGACACCAGUCUUACAGAUUCUUUUGUUAUGGUAAAUGAGUCGGAUGUUGCAGAAGGUCCAAUCUCAUCACGAACAAAAGAUGAUGUGGUUAGUGCUGUUCGUAGAAAGCGACGAAAUCCGCAAAAUAUACUCAGAGAAGGAUUCAAAUGGCAGCGUCAGUUGGUGUUUAGAAGUAAAUUAACUAUGCACACUGCUUAUGAUCGUAAGGACAAUGCUGAACCUGCCUCUAUUACAGCUCUAGCUGUAUCCAGGAUGUUUCAUUGUGGGUUGUACUGCGCGGUGAAAGCCCGCAAACGACGACGUUGGCUCAGUUACAGCCUGUCGAACAAUCCUCCUACCCUUCAUUGGUGUGGUUUGCUGGGGCUUUUCAGACCCUUACCGUCGAUGGCGCGCGCGUUCGUGUUGCCACUGCUGCCAACAUCUUGCAAUGGGACCACAGAACAGUGUAUGUUGGAGAUGCUCGCGGAAGAGUAUUUUCAUGGAGCGUAUCUGAUCAACCUGGCAGGGCGGUUGCAGAUCAUUGGCUUAAGGAUGAGGGCACGGAUUCUUGUGUAGGAUGUGGUGUCCGAUUUACAUUAUAUGAACGUCGACACCAUUGCCGCAACUGUGGGCAAGUUUUCUGUUCAAAGUGCAGUCGCUUUGAAUCUGAGAUUUCACGACUGCGCAUACUUAAACCUGUGCGUGUAUGUCAGGGCUGCUAUGCUGCUUUGAGGACACAGCAUCAAUUAUCGGAGAGCGGAACGUAGCCCGCAAAGAACAGCCUAUUAAGGGCUUCUAGCAUUCUACAAGGACAGUCAUUGCUUCAAUUUGCUGAUAGACAAUAUCUUCUUCUUAUGGGAAACAAAGGAGACAAUUAAGUACCUAAUGAUUUUAAGGUUUGUUUUUUGUGGUUAUUUUAUUUAAUUUCAUUUAAUUUGAGUGAAUGUGUAAAUAGCUGUGUGGGCUAAAUGAAUUUAGCAUUAUAGACAGAAAAAAAAUACUGUAUUUUCAGACGAUAUUUAUUUGUUUUCCAUUGUUUUAAUGAAAUCUUCACUCAUCAUUUUUUGAUAUAGUCCUGUGAAGAAAAUUAAUAUUAUUGUAGUUCACUUAAAUAGGCCCUACUGGUCAUGUAGUUAAAAAAAUCACUUGUAAGUAUUCUUAGAAUCAAAAAACUGUUAUAAAUUAUGCAUAUAAUACCUGCAAUCUGUGUACGUAAAUAUUAAUGAAAUUUUAAAAAAAUUCUGUGGUGUUCCACAGAAAAAUUAAUCAACAGUAGUGUUAAGGUAGACUAAGACCAUUACAGUGUCUUGAUGGUGAAGCAUGAUGGGCUUAGUAGGAAUGAUAUGCAUGUUUAUUAUUGCAGAAGAAAAUUUCCAAUAGAUUGUAAUGAACUGCAUGAUUAUUAUUGUCUGUGGGAGGAAGAAUAUCAAAAAAUAAAGAAAUAAGUAAGCAUGAUAUAUAUGUAAAAAUAUGUUGAACUCACUGAAUUGUAUAAAUAAUUUUUUGAAGUUAGUCAAAUAUUGUGCAAUCAUUUAUUUUUCUUUGGUUAUUUUUAGAGGAUAAUAGGGUUUUAGUAUAAUUUGUGAUAUUGAUUGUGUGUUACCCUUUAUGCUUCACCACAGGGUACUUCUCAAAAGAAGGAAUUGAUGAUCACUGCUAUUUGUAUGAAGUUUUUUGAAUGGAAACUUGCGAUGCUUGAAAGUAUUAGUGUAAAGUAUUUUAAAUCUAGUCAGUAUUUUAAUUUUUUAUACUUCUUUGUAUUAAUUUUAGUAGAAUGUUCAUUUCUCUAUGGCAGAGUGAAUAGCAUGAUUUUUUUUAUCAAGUGUGAAUUUGUUAACUUUUUGCCCUUGAAUCUUUACUCUUAGAUUACUUCGUUUUGUUGAAACAGGAUAAUCUGUAGAGUCAAUAUAAUAAAUUGUGUACCAAGUACACAGCUGUGGAAAGUCUGUAUUUAAUAGAGAUGAGUGUCAAUGAUAUGUAUAAAAUAAAUAUAUAUUUCUUCAAAAAUUUGUU